CUACCGGUUCUGAGUACAACGUUGCCGCUCGCCAAUCGCCACCACUAGACCACUGCCCGUCGUCUGACCACAGGUACGACACACGCGCACUCUCGUUUUCGUUUCUAUUGUCUCAGUCCGUCAUGUCCGACAUUUUCGCCGUUUUCGGUUAACCGUUACAUUUUACUUUCGUCAUCGUGCGCGUUCCGCGUGCACAUCAAUUUUGGUUUUAUUAAAUUUGACGCAAACACUGUUGGUUUAAUUCGAUUCGACACCCAAGACUUCAGUAAAAUUAUUCUAAAUGGAUCCCAUAAGACCUUCAAGGGGCAAGGCUCGUGGACGUCCUCAAGUUCCAGCAAAUCAACCCGGUGUAUCAGGGUUAACAGGCUUACUUCCACCUCGUGGACCUAGACCAACUACAUCACAGCCAACACAUUCCUCACAACCAUUGCAAAUACCAGCUACAGGUGUAGGUAUGCAACGUCCGCCUCGUUUAAUGCCACCACGGCCUGCUGCACCUCAACAAAGAGCACCAAGGCCACUUGGACCAAGACCUGGAGUAGCUACUGAUAAUACAGUUAAAAAAGACCCAAUGGAAGGAGUGCAACAAAUUACAGAAGGACUUAAAACUUUUAGUACAGCCAGUACAGGAGAUACACUACUGCCAUUAGGACGUGGAGCAGUACGAGGACGAAGACAAAUUGAUCUUGAACAUUUUAGGACACCAAGACCUCAAUCUUCAUUAGGAGAUAUUGGAAAGCAAGGAACUACUGGGCAACCAGUAAAACUGUUAGCAAAUUACUUUCCCAUAACUUCAUAUACAAACUGGUGCUUGUACCAAUAUCGAGUUGACUUUAGUCCUGAAGAGGACAGGAUUGGUACUAAAAGAGGAUUAGUAGCUCAGCAUCGAGAACGUUUAGGCGGAUAUUUAUUUGAUGGAACGAUGUUAUUUUCUGGAAAGCGAUUUGAUCCACCAACUUUUGAACUUACAUCUACACGUCGCCCAGAUGACCAAAUUGUGAUAAUUACAGUAAAGUUUACAAAUGUAAUAGAGACUGGCGAUUAUGCUAAUAUUCAAGUUUUCAACUUGCUCUUACGCAAUUGUUUAAGACAUCUCAAACUAACAAUGAUUGGAAGAAAUUUUUAUGAUCCAGAUGCAAAAAUUGAUAUGGUACAACAUAAACUUCAACUUUGGCCGGGCUAUGAAACAACCAUUGGCAGGUAUGAAGAUGACAUAUUAUUAUGCGCUGAAAUAUCUACUAAAGUCAUGCGUCAAGAGACUGUGUUAGAUUUUUUGAAUCAGUGUGCUGCUGAUAGGAACCGAAACAAAGAUUGGAUGAUAAAUUUUAAAAGUGGUGUUGUGGGUACUACAGUGAUGACCAAAUAUAACAAUGAAACAUAUAGAAUUGAUGACAUAGAUGAGAGUUGUGAUCCUAAUUCUGAAUUUACUAAAAAAGAUGGAACAAAGAUGACUUACAUGCAAUAUUACAAAGAAAAAUGGAACAUGACAAUUCGUGGAGGGAGACAACCGAUGUUGAUUUCUAAAAAUAAGAAAUCGAUAAGAAAGUUUGGAAUUGAAGAUACAUUGGUUUAUCUAGUUCCGGAAUUAUGUGUUAUGACUGGUAUCACUGAUGCCAUGAGAAACAAUUUUACGCUUAUGAAAGAUAUGGCCAUACAUACCCGUGUAAAUCCUAAAGAACGCAUGGAAAGAUUAACAAAUUUUGCAAAUCGUCUUCUUUCUACACCUGAAUCUGUAACUGAACUGAAAAGAUGGAAUCUUACAUUAAGUAACAAGCUAGUUGAACUUACUGGUCGUACAUUACAACCAGAACCAAUUCAAAGUCGAACUAAAGGUUAUAAUGGUGGCGAAGAAGCUGAUUGGACAAAGCACUUACGCUCAUUACCAAUGUUCACCUCUGCAUCUAUAAAAAAUUGGGUUAUUUUAGUACCUAAGGAAAAUUGUCGAGAAGUUGAAGCUUUUUCUCAAAGUCUUUUAAAGGCUGCUCAAGGGAUGACAUUUAUACUGCCUAAGCCUGCUAUUUUUCCCAUGGUUGAUGGAAGAUCAAAUACAUUUUUAAGUGAUUUGGAAAAAGUAAUUAAUGAGUCAAAUCCAGCAAUGAUUCUAUGUGUUAUCCCGUCCACACGUGGUGAUAUUUAUAGUAUGAUUAAACGAAAAUUAUGUAUUGAUAGAGCAGUGCCAUCACAAGUUGUACUUUUGAAAAACGUGCAAAAAAACAAUAUGUCUGUAUGCACUAAAAUUGCUAUUCAAAUCAAUUGUAAGCUUGGCGGUGCUCCUUGGCUAGUUACUAUUCCCAAAAAAGGGAUGAUGAUCGUUGGUUUUGAUGUGUGUCAUGACAGUCAACGGAAAAAUAUAUCAUUUGGAGCUUUAGUGUCAACCAUGAAUGAUGCUCACACAAGUUACUUCAGUUGCGUUGAAGCUCAUGAAAGUGGCGAAGAACUUUCUGUUCAUUUUGCUACUGGCAUAAGUAAGGCAUUGGCCAAGUAUCGAAGUAAAAAUAAUGCAUUACCUACUUCCAUUAUUGUAUACAGAGAUGGUGUCGGAGAAGGCCAGAUAUCACAUGUACAUAAGACAGAAGUCAGACUUCUGAAGACUGCUUGUGAACAAUUUUAUGGUGCAAGUUCUGUCCCAUUUGCAUUUGUUAUUGUAACUAAACGUAUUAGUGCAAGAUUUUUUGCUCCUAGUAGUAGAGGCCCUGAAAAUCCUCGACCUGGUACAAUUAUUGAUAGUGUUGUCACAGACCCAACCAAGUAUGAUUUCUUCUUAGUUUCACAACAUGUAAGACAAGGUACUGUAACUCCCACUCAUUAUCAAGUGAUUGAAGACACACUUAAACUACCUCCUGAUAUAAUGCAAAGACUUACAUUCAAGUUGACUCAUAUGUACUACAAUUGGUCGGGUACUGUACGAGUUCCUGCUCCAUGUCAGUUGGCUCACAAGUUGGCAUUCCUUACUGGCCAGAGUCUCAAACGUUCUCCUAGCAUUGGAUUGGAUGAAUUGUUAUACUUCCUUUAAUUUAAUUUUGUUCUUAUACUAUUCAUACACUCUUUACCCUAUAUAAUAUCGUUUUCAUGGGAAGAAAUAUUUUAAAAAAAAUUUAUUUAUCUUUUAAAAAUAUUUAACGAUUAAAUAUUGUCUUUUUUUUAGUAUUAAGUAAAUUACUACUUAGCAUUAUAUUAUGUCACUCAGUACUCAGAAAAAUU